AUGAGGUCUGCUCACCCCACUAAACCUCACCCGUCCUCCCUCUUCUCCAACCUCCUCUUCCUCCCCUGCCCCUCCCCUAUCAUCACCCCUACUCCUCUCCCCCCUUGUCCCCUCUCCCCCUUCUUACUCUUCUCCCCCUACUCACCCAUCCUCCCCUGUUAGGCCCCGGGGCCCUUUAUGGCUCCAUCAGGCACUGCUGACCUCAUGACCUGCCAUUGAGAGCCGUAUGAGGAGAGCAUCUUUUUCUUCUUCCUCCCAGACUCCUCUCCACUAUGUCUCCGUCACUGGCCCCUCUUCUGUCUCUCGUUGUCUUUCUUUCCUCUGUCUUCCAGUUGUUUCUCAUAAUAAUUGUAAUGUUCAGGGGUGCUUUUGUUAAGUUCAUGUGCUGAUUGGUGAUUCUGUUUGCUGUGCCAUCCUUUCAUUGGUCUAGGAGUCAUGUCCAGAGAGCCAAAGGGCCUUCAGCAGUGGAAAUAAAAUCAUUUCAAAGCAUCCCAACCUUCUCUUCUCCAAAUGUAUAACCCUAACCUUUCCUAACCAUCCUCUCCCCAAUACCCCAGCCUUGAUGGCCCCCAACCUACCCCUGUUUAUAGCUUUCACGCCCCCAGCGUCGCCAAUGCGCUGCAGCCCUCAGCCAUCCCCUCACCAAAACCCCAGCCCUACUGCCCACCCCUCUGUAUCCCCUCACUUCCACCGGUUGUAUCAUGUAAAAGAUUUACACAGAGCUCAGGCGUCUUUAUUAGGGGGUUAGCAGCAUGUUUAGUACAACACAAAAUCUCAUCAACUGCUUCUAUCAUAUUAAAACAUUUACACGUAACUCAGGAGCUGUUACAAUGCUUCUUACUAGCGUGUUAGCAACAUUCAGUGCUAGCUACAUAAAGCUUGGUCCUGGUCCUGGGGAGUUGAGGGGCUAAUUAGAUAUAGGCUGGGUUAAGUAAAUGUUUGACUUCUCCUCUGGGCUGGAGGGACCUGUGGUUAGGAGUGGAGGAAGAGGAGGGAGGGAGGAAGGGAGGGAGGAGGAGAGGAAAUGGAUAAGUGUGUGGACAUUUACAUGAUAAUUAGGAUGAUGAUGUCCCUUUGAAUUCAAUCCAUGACAUGCAUGUAAUCAACAUUCCAAGAUGAGAGUUUCUCAAAGAACAGCCAUAUCACUUAUCCUCAUUGGGAUUUAAAAAACGGUUUACUUAUGUGUACAUAUUCCCAUUGCAUUUAACAGAAAUCCAUAGAUUUGCCAUAGCUGUGUUUUGAGGUUUGUAAUGUACGCUGAGUGUACAAAACAUUAAAAACACCUGCUCUUUCCAUGACAUAGCUAUAAUUCAUAAUUGAUGUCACUUGUUAAAUCCACUUCAAUUUGUAUAGAUGAAGGGGAGGAGACAGGUUAAAGAAGGAUUUUUAAGCCUUGAGACAAUUGAGACAUGGAUUGUGUAUGUGUGCCAUUCAGAGGGAGAAUGGGCAAGACAAAAGAUUUAAGUGCCAUUGGCGUCAUCAUGGGCCAUGCCCCGACGAAUUGAGGCUGUUCUGAGGGGGGGGGGGGGCUGUUCCUAAUAUUUGGUAUACUCAGUGUAUAAUAUAUUUGUUCUAAUGGGAUGUCUUCUGUCAGGUUUCAGAUCCAGAGAGGCACCAGUGAUCCACACAGCUACAAGAGUCUCGCUGACUGCUUUAGAACCAUCUUCCGCAACGAAGGGUAAGUGUACCGCCAGCCAGUAGACAUGUCCACCUUGUUUUAACCUUGAUAGCACACAGUAUAACUAAUCUUCCUGUACUCAGCACAGUUCAGGCAUUCAAUGUAUACCCUCAUGUUUCCCUCUGAAACAGGUGUGUGUUCCUAUGUAAUUUAGUGUGUAGACAAAUAACAUGGCAAAGUGCACCUGGUGGGAGUUUAACUGAAGACAUGGUGACCUCUGUUAGUAUAAAUGAUCGUAAUUGUUUUUCAAUCGUUUUUUUGUCUGUAUUCUGAUUUCCUUGUUCAUUAGCAGGUUAGCGUUUUUCGUCAUGAAUUUUGUUCUGGAGGCAGCUUUGCAGAGUGGUCACUAGCUGGCACAGCCACAAAAUCAUAACAUCUGAUGUUUAAACUAACUUUAACCACACUGCUAACCUUAAUGCCUAACCUUAGAUUAAUUUUAUUUUCAUAAAUGUUUUCAAUCUAGCCAAUGUUGACUUUGCAGCUGGCCAACGGGGAAUCUAAGGGGAAAUCACUCAGCUCUGCCUCCAGGACAAGACUCAUGACAAUAAACACCAACCUGCUGUUCAUUAGGGAAGUUAUCCAACAUUUUGUUCUAUUUCUAACAGAGAGAUAAGUAAAUGCUCUGUAUCAAGUGCCAUUUUGCUACAUUUUCAGUAAGAAGAACUCACUCUGAGUCAAUCUAAAGAGAAAAGAAUACAACAAAUGGGACUUCUUUCUUCCUCCCACGCUCCGCCCCUCUGGGGCUGUACUGUGACUCUGAUAGGCCUGUGAACCAGUGAGACAGUGCAGAGCCAGGUGAAAGUGUGUGCCACUCAGCCUGUUUAUGGACAGACGACAGCUUUAUAGUGGAUAUAAAAUUGAUGUGUGAGCGUGUAUGUGCUGAGCGGCUGGCUGGUGACAGUUGGGGAACUUCUCUGCUGGCUAACAGCCCACAAACCCUGCUACUGUUGCUUUGUGUGUGCGUGUGUGUCAAAUCGAAUCUAAUUGUAUUUGUCACUUGCGCCGAAUACAACAGGUGUAGACCUUACUGUGAAGAAAAUAUUCACUAAAUAAACUACACAAUAAAAUAUCAGUAACGAGGCUAUAUACAGGGGGUACCGGUACAGAGUCAAUGUGCGGGGGUACAGGUUAGUUGAGGUAAUUGAGGCAAUAUGUACAUGAAGGUAGGUUUAAAGUGACUAUGCAUAGAUAAUAAACAGCGAGUCGCAGCAAAAUAGUCUGGGUUUAGUCCCAGGCUGCUUAGCUUAGUGAUGAGCUUUGAGGGCACUAUGGUGUGUGCGCUUGCGCUCGUGUGCAUGCGCGUGUGUGUGUGCAUGCAUUUGAGUAUGUGUACGUGUGUAUGCAUGUGUUAGGUUGUGACUGUGUGAGUGUGGAUUAUGUGGGUGAAUUUCUGGGGAACAUUAAAAAAAACAGAUAAACCAAUUGCCAACUAUGACAAAUUAUAAAAUAUUGUUCUGUCUUGUUAUGUUGUAGGAGUUCAGUCUAACUCCCAUCUUUAGCAGGAGUCUACUAUGAAAGCUUUUCUGGGAAAUGGGAGGGAUGCUGACUUGACUGACAACAUGGUGACCUCAGUAGUUUAAAGCUGGAAUUAGCAUAAGGUGAAACAGCACAUCUGUUAUUGUUUUUGUUUAUGAAACUGAGGAAAGGAGCAGAAAGAAUUGCAGAGUAUAUUACAGUAUUUUUAUUCUCAUCUUCAGCAGUGGUGUAUUACUGAAGUCUCCAGAGACAGCAUGGGUGGCAGGUAUGGGGCACCCUGACAGCGGUGAGUCGAGACAUUUCUGGUUGCGACAACGAAUCUUAUCGCCGUCUGCAACCAAGAAGUAAUCAAGAAUUGCUCUCGCCAACCAAUCCGAGACUGGAUGAGGCGUUGUUGUUGUUAGAGCUUUCUCGAGUCGAACGGUCUCAACGGGACGAGAGAUAGUGGAAGUGGAUGCAGAGUUCGAAUCAAGCAGCGCGUCGAGCAAAGUUGGUGAAGAUAAAUGUCCUGAAUGGACAACAGUAGUGUCGAUUACUGGAACAAAAAGGGAAUAGUUUAAAUUGGAGUGGAGGAUACAUGUAUGAAUGAUAAUAAAUCGCUUUUUGUUAGGAUGUGUUUGUUGAGUAAGGAUGAUGCAUAUGCUGGAGACCUGUUUGAGGUGCCGAAAAUGAUGAAGUAUGUGCUGGGAAAAGUGGAGUCUGUCAGAGUGACCAGGAGUGGACUUAUUUUGAUUAAUUGUAUUUCUGAAGAACAGAGGAAGAUUGCAGUGGGCCUCAAAAGAAUCCGGACAACAGAAGUUUUGUGCUUUGAACUUCGGAGUAGAGCACCCGUCAAAGUAGUCAUCUCAGGGGUUAUAACAGAUGUUCAGGUUGAAUACCUGAAGAGAAUUCCUGGUGUGGUUGGUGUCUGGCGUCUGACCCGCUGGGUGAAUGGAGAAAAAGAAGAAAGUCUGUCGGUCCUGUUGUUUUUUGAUAAAGAGCAAAUACCUACGCAUAUGAAGCUUGGUUAUGUAAGAUACGCCGUAAGAGCUUUCGUCCCCAAACCACUGCAGUGUAAAACAUUUAAAUGAUUUGGCCAUGUUUCAAGUGUGUGCAGAUGGACGGUGUAUACUGAAGAACGGUGUGUAGACAGUGUUGCAAUUGUGGUGGGGAUCAUGAUCCCGAGUUCCUGGAGUGCCCUGUAAGUGUGAAGGAGAUUGAGGUGGCAAAAGUUAAAGCGGUCAAUCGAAUCUCCUAUGCGGAGGCGAUUUAAAAGAGUUGAGAAAACAAGUGAUGCUAGUGAAGAUAUGGUAGUGGAUGCACCACAGCCUGUAGUAAAUGUUUGCUGCCAGUCAAAAUAUACCCUGUGUGUUAAAAAGGUGGAUUUUGUGGCGUUCAUUGCCACAGUUAUAAACUGUACGGCUCAAGUCUAAAAUAAGUCUAAGAAACUGGACAUUAUUGUGGCUGUGGCAGAAAAGAUUUUUGGACUUAAGGAUUUUACAUAUGAAGACUUGCAAGGGGUACUGGCGCCGGAAGAUGGCCCGCCCUCCCUUGAGCCUGUGUAGGGAUCAGAUCUGUUUUAUUUUUUUAACAGAAAAGUUGUUAGAUUUAGUUUGUUCAGUUUUUGGGGGAAUCCUGUUUCCAUCCUGCACAGUAGAUGGCGGAUGUACAUUUAAAUUGUAUGAUCGCCAAGAAGAAGAAGAAGAAGAAGAAGAAGAAGAAGCCGCCGCCUACCAUUAAAAACAAUAGAGAAAAUGCAUCCCAUAACAUUUUAACAGCUGUUCUAUCAUUCCGCCUACAGUAGUAUCCAAUGUGUGGUGUUCAAUGUACAAAAACAUUCCAUGACAAUUUUCAAAAAAACAUACAGGGCUUGACAUUAACCUGUUUAUCCAGUUGUCCUUCAGACAAGGAGGUGACUGAAAAUGUUGUUGUGUUUGAUGCAAGAAACCAUUUUACAAAAUAAAAUGUAUUAUUAUUCCCAUACCAUUAUUACAGAGAACCAGACAAAUUAUGCUACCCUCUGCCUAUUGGCUACUUAGCCUGUCUCAAAAUACAACACUGCCGGACUCGCUUUUCAAAGAUGUCUAGAAAUGUACACGUUUUGUGCUCUUCUAGGAAGCAAUCACUCCCUUAUUGCUGACUACAAUUUAUCUAUAACUGGGCUAAUAAAUCACUAACUAGCAAAUGAUAUGAACAAAAAUGUGCACAUGUGGCUACAUGCAGCUCUUGCUUUGAUCUCAAAACAAGCGCAUCUACUCAGAACCGCUCAUGCUGUAAAUACAAUCCAGUUCAAAGUAAACGGCACAGAUCCAUAUAUGGCAAUGGUCUAUUUGCAUAUUGGCCAACUGCAGCUCUGAUUGUUUAUGCCACACCGGUCUGUGUAGUAUAUGCCUGAGUCAUGCCUGUCAAUGCAAUAGAAUCCUACUCCGAUGUGUUCUGCCUACAACAAAAUCUCUUGCAUAGUUAGUUUUGUUUCGGUAUUUUGCAUUGAAAGUGGCUAAUAUUGUGUUGAUUCGAUCACAAUUGCCACAGUAAAGGGAAACGUUGAUAGUGUUAACAGGGAAAACUCUAGAACAGUGGUCACCAACCUUUUCUGAGUCAAGAUCACGUUCUGAGUCAAAAUGCAAGCCGAGAUCUACCGUUCAAUAUAUUUAUUUUAUUACUUAAAAAAAUGUAAGCCUAUGCAACAUUAACCAAUUAAAAACAGCACUGUAGCAAUGAGGUUUGUGCAGUAGGCUAUAGGCCCAAUACAUUAUCAACGAAUAUUGGCUUUACUUGAAUUGUCCUGCCAAUGCAUUGUUGUUCAGGCCAUUUAUUUAAAAUAUAUUUGAGGUAGGCUAUAUGAUCACAUCGGUAAUAAAUCUCUUGUAUUACUUGUGAGGCACAGCUGAGUGAGCAUACAUUUAAAUCAUUUGCUUAUUAUUUUUAUUUUACUGGGCUGAUGGUGCCUGCAUCUGAUGGUCAGUCUCAGCAGAGGGAGAGAGCAGCAGACGGAGGGUCCGCCUCUCAGCAUCCCUCCGCUCUCCCUUUCCUCCACUGACACUGACCAAAAAGGGACAUCGUCUUCCAGCUGAUGGCGAAACUCGAGUCGCACCGCAUUAUUUCUGCCUCAUGCACAAAUUCAUUUUACUCCUAUGAACAGAGAAAGUUAAAUAUUCCUCGAUAUUAAAAAAGACCCAAGCCGCUAAUAAUGACAACAACGCAAGCCUAUAGAUACACUUGAGCACGGCACUUACCCAUAAUUGCUCCUGGGUCGCCAUUGAUAAUAACAGACCCUGGCCGUGACCACACUCUCCGAGGGUGUCUCAGGGAGAUAUGCAAAAAUAAUAAUAAUCCAAUUCACACACGUGUAUUAAUACACGUGUACUUGUGUGAAAUAGGACAAAUAUAAGCGGCAACCAAAUUCUUAUAAUUAUUAUCUAUUUUCUAUUUUUUUGUCUCAUUUCUCUUCCCUUCUUUGACAGCAGCUUUUCUCUCUUCUCUAUGGGAAAUUAAUCUGUGGGGUCUUCAGUAAUACUCUGUAAUUGUUCGAGUAUUUAUAUAGAGUAUAUUACAGUAUUUCAUAUGCUUGUCUUCAGCAGCCGCAUAUUAUCCCCAUGGAAAGCAGCUCUUCUCUCUCUCUUCUCUAUAGACCAAUUAUCAGCGUUAGUAUAUGUUAGCUGAGUCUGUAAUCACUCUCCAGUACCAAGAUCACCUCCAGGCCUAACCACUUAGUUAUAAUUUAUACAAAUACUGCCAGGGCUCCACUGUUGUGGAAUUAUUAUUAAAAAUAAACGUCUCUUGUCAGUUCAGGCCAGGACUGAGCUAACACUGAGUUAACGCUCUGUCUCUGUCUGUCAGUCUCGGGCUGUGGAGGAGUAACUUGAUACCCUCAGCCCAGCUUGGCAAUUAAGCUAAAGAGGAAAGCAAAGAAAUGAAAAUAUUCCCAUCUGUAACUCAGUUCCUAAAACACUUCCCUGGUUUUGAUAUUGAUAAUGGAGGUAUAAAGGAUGUUGAAAGAUAAAAGGGAAGUCGCACAUUACAGGUAGCACUUUUAGCAUAGAAAUACUGUAGCUACAUUUACUAAAUGAUUACUGUGUUAAAUGCUAUGAAGGAACGGUCAGUUUCCUUAAAAAAGUUUGAUCUGUUCCCUGUGAGUGUGUGUAUCUGUAUGUGCAAGUGGUUGUGACUUGUACGGCUGUGUGAAAUGCCUCAGCAGCACUCAUCUUGCUGCGUUGUGUGGUGCCACGUCGUGCGACUUAGUGCGGGAGAGGGAGCAGGGAGCAUGCUUCAUUCAUCUGCUAAGUGGUUGUGUCUGGAGCCGAACAAAAACCAGCCAGUAUAUUUUCAGCCUUCACAUUAUAACAGCGUCUACCCCCCCCCCCCCCCCCCCCCACUCUCUCUCUCUCCCCCCCCCUCUCUCUCUCUCUCUCUCUCUCUCUCUCUCUCUCUCCCUCUUAGUCUCAGACAGUAUAUUCUCAGCCUUCAGAUUCAAACAGCCUUUCAACCAGCCAACCAGUAUAUUCUCAGCCUUCAGAUUCAAACAGCCUUUCAACCAGCCAACCAGUAUAUUCUCAGCCCGGUCCUCUCUCUGUUAGCCACUAUAUUACCAGCCCUCAGCUAGAUUCAUGGCUGUGUCACCCUGCAUGAGGGGCUUUUAAAGUCCUGUGGGUUAACCACCUCCAGAAGCCCUGAUAUCCUACUCACUCCCCUCAGGUUGCCUGGCAGUACCAAAUCACCUUCCUGUUGCUCUGUUCUACUUCCUCCUCUUCUUCAUUUACUUUAGCUGGGCUUGUUUGAGCUUGCCUGGCGCAAACAACCCCCAAAAAUAUUCCCAAAUCAUGGAAACCGCACACAUCGGGGCACUCCAGGCAGGCUCAAACAAACACUCAAAGUAUUUGAAAGAUUUCAGAUACUAUUUGAACCCAGGUCUAUGCAAUUCAGUAGUUUCAAAUGAACAGUUGGUGGGUUUAUUGGCUGUAUCUGAUUAGCUGUUGAUGACCUCUAGAAGAAUACAGUGUUUUUGUGAUGAAACCUGACCGGUGUGCCUUGAGUCCUAUUUGAGCUCCCUUGAGUUUCUGUCUCUGGCAAUGUCAAGGUUAAAACAGUCACUGGGGAAACAGCAAUAUUUGCAGAUGAAGCAUGCAGGUUGUUUACUGGUUGUUGAAGAGGGAGAGAAUUUCCUCCUUGUGACCCGUAACAUUUCUCAUGGUACAGCAGGUGUGAGACCGAACCAGAGCAACAUUAGCCUAUUCAACACAUUAUUCAAGGUUUUCUCAACCACAAAUACUGGUUGUUGUCAACCAGAUUUCAAAUAAAAUAAAAUAAAAUUUUAUUGGCCACAUACACCGAAUACAACAGGUGCAGACAUUACAGUGAAAUGCUUACUUACAGCCCUUAACCAACAGUGCAUUUAUUUUUAAUAAAAAAGUAAAAUAAAACAACAACAAAAAGUGUUGAGAAAAAAAGAGCAGAAGUAAAAUAAUAUAACAGUAGGGAGGCUAUAUAUACAGGGGGGUACCGGUGCAGAGUCAAUGUGCGGGGGCACCGGCUAGUUGAGGUAGUUGAAGUAAUAUGUACAUGUGGGUAGAGUUAAAGUGACUAUGCAUAAAUAAUUAACAGAGUAGCAGCAGCGUAAAAAGAUGGGGUGGGGGGGCAGUGCAAAUAGUCUGGGUAGCCAUGAUUAGCUGUUCAGGAGUCUUGGGGGUAGAAGCUGUUGAGAAGUCUUUUGGACCUAGACAUGGCACUCCGGUACCGCUUGCCGUGCGGUAGCAGAGAGAACAGUCUAUGACUAGGGUGGCUGGAGUCUUUGACAAUUUUGAGGGCCUUCCUCUGACACCGCCUGGUAUAGAGGUCCUGGAUGGCAGGAAGCUUGGCCCCAGUGAUGUACUGGGCCGUACGCACUACCCUCUGUAGUGCCUUGCGGUCGGAGGCCAAGCAGUUGCCAUACCAGGUGGUGAUGCAACCAGUCAGGAUGCUCUCGAUGGUGCAGCUGUAGAAUUUUGAGGAUCUGAGGACCCAUGCCAAAUCUUUUCAGUCUCCUGAGGGGGAAUAGGCUUUGUCGUGCCCUCUUCACGACUGUCUUUGUUGUGUUUGGACCAUGAUAGUUCAUUGGUGAUGUGGACACCAAGGAACUUGAAGCUCUCAACCUGUUCCACCACAGCCCCGUCGAUGAGAAUGGGGGCGUGCUCAGUCCUCUUUUUUUUCCUGUAGGCCACAAUCAUCUCCUUUGUCUUGGUCACGUUGAGGGAGAGGUUGUUAUCCUGGCACCACACGGCCAGGUCUCUGACCUCCUCCCUAUAGGCUGUCUCAUCGUUGUCGGUGAUCAGGCAUACCACUGUUGUGUCGUCGGCAAACUUAAUAAUGGUGUUGGAGUCGUGCCUGGCCAUGCAGUCAUGGGUGAACAGGGAGUACAGGAGGGGACUGAGCACGCACCCCUGAGGGGCCCCCGUGUUGAGGAUCAGUGUGGCAGAUGUGUUGUUACCCACCCUUACCACCUGGGGGCGGCCCGUCAGGAAGUCCAGGAUCCAGUUGCAGAGGGAGGUGUUUAGUCCCAGGAUCCUUAGCUUAGAGGGCACUAUGGUGUUGAAUGCUGAGCUGUAGUCAAUGAAUAGCAUUCUCACGUAGGUGUUCCUCUUGUCCAGGUGGGAAAGGGCAGUGUGGAGUGCAAUAGAGAUUGCAUCAUCUGUGGAUCUGUUGGGGCGGUAUGCAAAUUGGAGUGGGUCUAGGGUUUCUGGGAUAAUGGUGUUGAUGUGAGCCAUGACCAGCCUUUCAAAGCACUUCAUGGCUACAGACGUCAGUGCUACGGGUCGGUAGUCAUUUAGGCAGGUUAUCUUAGUGUCCUUGGGCAUGGGGACUAUGGUGGUCUGCUUGAAACAUGUUGGUAUUACAGACUCAGUCAGGGACAUGUUGAAAAUGUCAGUGAAGACACUUGCCAGUUGGUCAGCACAUGCUCGGAGUACACGUCCUGGUAAUCCGUCUGGCCCUGCGGCCUUGUGACCUGCUUAAAAGUCUUACUCACAUCGGCUACGGAGAGCGUGAUCACAUAGUCAUCCGGAACAUCUGGUGCUCUCAUGCAUGCUUCAGUGUUACUUGCCUCGAAGCGAGCAUAGAAGUGGUUUAGCUCGUCUGGAAGUCUUGUGUCACUGGGCAGCUCGCGGCUGUGCUUCCCUUUGUAGUCUGUAAUAGUUUUCAAGCCCUGUCACAUCCGACGAGCGUCAGAGCCGGUGUAGUACGAUUCAAUCUUAGUCCUGUAUUGACUCUUUUCCUGUUUGAUGGUUCGUCGGAGGGCAUAGCGGGAUUUCUUAUAAACAUCCGGGUUAGAGUCCCGCUCCUUGAAAGCGGCAGCUCUACCCUUUAGCUCAGUGCGGAUGUUUCCUGUAAUCCAUGGCUUCUGGUUGGGGUAUGUACGUACGGUCACUGUGGGGACGACAUCAUCGAUGCACUUAUUGAUGAAGCCAGUGACUGAUGUGGUGUACUCCUCAAUGCUAUCUGAAGAAUUCCGGAACAUGUUCCAGUCUGUGCUAGCAAAACAGUCCUGUAGCUUAGCAUCUGCGUCAUCUGACCACAUUUUUAUUAACCGAGUCACUGGUGCUUCCUGCUUUAGUUUUUGCUUAUAAGCAGGAAUCAGGAGGAUAGAGUUAUGGUCAGAUUUGCCAAAUGGAGGGCGCAGAUUAACACAUUUCAAUUGAAUGUAAAAGCAGUCUUAUCUUGUUCAUCUCUUCUUGGCUGUCAUCUUAUAGCUCCAUUACCUGAUUUGACUAACUGCUUGUUUCUCGCUUUGUGCUGUCAUUAACCGUGCUUCUACAUCUGCAUUGCUUGCUGUUUGGGGUUUUAGACUGGGUUUCUUUAUAGCACUUUGGCAUCUGCUGAUGUAAAAAAGGCUUUAUAAAUCAAUUUGAUUUCAUGAUUUUGAGCAUUUAAAACCGAUCGAUGCUAUGAGUUAGGAAGGUUAAGUUUGAUGAAAAUCUAAGACAAAUCACUGACUAUGUAUGCUCUCUGUCAUACACACACACACACACACACACACACACUGUCCAGCUGGGCCCACAGUCGCCUCAGUAAGCCACGGGAGGAAAUUUGUUUAGGAAAGCCAAAAAGGGACUUAGUGUGUACUUUACAUUUAAAAUCAAAUCAGGAUUCAAAUGAACCUCGGUCACAUGGGCUCUGAGUUUGUCUGUAACAAAUGUCAGUCCUCCUUUCUCACCUGGUGGCUAUGUAGACUGACCACACCCGGGAAAUCUGUGGUUGACAUUUGCAUGGACAAACAAGACACAGACCAGGGUCUUCCGUCCUUCUGUCUAUGUGAAACAAUUGGUAACAUUUUACUACGGAUGACAAGUGUAACCCAUUAUUAUGGGCUUACAAGGCUUUGUGAGACUUCUCAUGAGCAUGUUCACCCCCCUUGUAAUGUCGUAUUGUCAUCUCAUAAUGAUCCUGACUAAAUAACUGCCAUUUUGAUCAGUUACAAAGUUAUUAAGCAUUAUACCUGUCGGCUUUAAGUGUUGCAAAACAACCCAGAGAGAGAGAGACUACAUAAUGUGUGUGUCUUAGAGUGUAGGGUGUAUUGAUAUAGAACACAUGUGGACAGGGAGGACAGGACAGGGUAGCUAGCAUGACUGCUGGUAUAGGAACCCCUACUUUUCUAUUGUGGAAACACGCCUCUGAAGACAACACACAGAGAUGUUAUCGGCUGAUUGGCUACAGGUGUCAAUAUUAUGGUUUCAGAAUCUAGAGAUUUAGCUGGUGAUCGUACCUGAGAGCAGAACAGGGCAGUCUACGUUGUCUACCUCACUGAACCACAGCUCAUUCUGAAAACACACACAUUCAAAUGAAAAAAACACUCUAUUCCAUCAACACCUGAGGUUUCAUUAAAGACUAUCCAGCCUAGUAAUCAGGCAGUAUCAUAGAGGUCAUAACAUCAGGGUUGUUACAGGUGGUAGUAACUGCACUUCCUCUACUUGUUUAUGCAGGUUUCACACCAACUACUAUCUAAUUCAAAAUGAUCAUACAUGCCUAGAGCUAUUCAAAGACGAUGAGCGUCAUUUAGCAAUGCAAAUGUGCACAUGGUUUAUCAAUUUCAAGUAAUCAGACGUGCAAAUGUGGCUGACUGUCAUAAAAGGAUUCCAGAACUUUAUAUCUUCUGUGGAACUUUAAUUUCCAUUCCAAGAAACACAUUUCACUGCAAACCUCAGAUAGGAUUAAUGUUACAAUAGUGAGUCUGAGUAGAGCAUCUGUUUGAAUGAAGAGGGUUAUCAUCCCAGCAAUUACAUAGGUAAGAUUGGCUUCCAGUGCAGCAUUGUGACAAAGACUGGUGUCAAGUUCACGUUAUGUAGCUAGAUCGCACAGUUUAUUUGCUUAUCAGACAACUGACUGAGGUCACUUUUAGCUAACCUAAACCAGCACUUAUCAUUUUAGGAAAGCAACUCUGUCUAUGUAUUGUUAUCCCUAAAGAGUACAAUAAUACUGUAUAUCACUUAAAAGGCCAAUCCGCAGUUGAAACAAUAACAAACUGUUACCCGCCUCUGUUUUGGUGAAAAGCUGAGGGAUGGGCCUGGAGAAAUGUAACCACUCUAAAAUUCAUAGACAGAGCUAUGGAUGCAAGGACUGACCAUCAACAUUAGUUUUAACCAUGUUUUGAGGCUAUACAAUGUUUGUUUACAUUUACAAUGUUUAUAAACAUUGGAGUAAAACAAGCUUAUAUUUUGGGUUCUGAUGUGACAGUUGAACUAAGCUCAUGAGUCAUUUAUAAGGUAUAUUCUUCAAUAAUCAAUGGGUAUAUAUAAUUAAUGUAUAAGUUAAACAAAAUGGAUGUAGCAAUUCCAGAUUGCCCCUUUAAGGUUGAUUUGAGAAAAUGUUAUUUUUUUUGUUUGUUUUAUUGAACAAUAACACACAAUACAAUAAAGGGAAAUGUACAGACGAGUACAUGAACUUCAAAAGAAAAUGUACAUUUGUCAACAAGUACUGUAUUUUGGUACCUAUACUGCUUUUUAGUUUUUUCAUAUUUACUGAUGAUUUCAACCAACAUGUUUCAGUUUCUUCUCCGCCCAUUUAAUCUUAUGAAUAAAAAAUCUUCCAAGAAAAAUAAGCUAAUCGAGGUCCAUAUCAUUUGGUUCAAAAUAUCGGAAUAUUCCAAAUAAACAUGAAGCGUUUUCCCUUAAAGUGGAACUGACAGCGUUUUAGCAACAUUAUAUCUUAUUGAAAUCUGUUCAUAUACACCCCCAGACAGAAUAUGACACAUACUUUUACAUUUUCUGACAAGCGAGUGCUUCGAUAUGGUCAUUUUCACGUUAUCAUAAAUUAAUAGAAUUAAGUAUAGUAAGGCAUUUGUGAAAAUUCUAUAGAAAUAUAGAGUGGGAAAGCGGCCUUGCGUUUGGAAAAUUAAUAGACACUGCAGUAAAUAAAACCUAAUAAAAACAUCUGUCUUGUCCAGGACCGGUGUCUACACAGACCGGUGCGCCAUAGCCAAUCAGAGCUACAGUAGGCCUAUAUGCAAAUUAUCAAUUUGCCACACCGGCCUGCCAUCAUUCACUUUGAACUGGACUGUGAUUACAGGCUGUAGCAACAGCGUGACUUUAGAUCAUUAGAACGCAUUCGCCAAAAGCCACAAAAUAUACCUGAAUGGAUUUCUGCAAAUACGAAAAGUUGGUCACUCACUCCUCCAAUGACAUGACAUCCUCCCAUAAGCUAGCUAGCUAGCUAGCUGUAUGGUGCACUCAAAAUGUAUUGUAGUUGAGUAGCCAGCCUAGGCUACUGCUCAAAUGUUGCUGUAAUAGGCCUACAUGUUUCUCCUUUGCAUGGUGUUUUGUUGCAGGUUUAGUUUUUUGGUUAUUGAUUGGGCCUUGUGUUUGACACGUGCACUAGCCUAUUAGCCAUGUUAUGACUGACUUGUGAUCAUUUGAUUGCAUUUUGUUUGAUUGUAUUUACAUUCCCAGCCUUAGUUACAGUCGUCCGUUUUUGUUCAUAAUAUUGAGUCAAACUGAAACAGUGCAGUCCCGAAUGGGUGGAGUCAGCAAAAAAUGUACCAGGCCAGUUGUGAUUUACAACCUGAUAGCAAUAUCUUUGGGACUACCAAGAAAUGUAUUGGUGAAUUAUAUUAAUCAUGCAUUUAACCGCAUCCAUCUAUUCUGCCGAUAAUGCCUUACUGUACGUCAUGGAAUUUUGAGUCAAAUAGAACCUAUUUUUAAAACCUCUUAUAAAGUUGUUUUUUAAGCAUAAACUGGGAAUUUGAUAUGUUUGACUGAUAUUAUGAUUGUCUGUUUCAUAUCUGCAAAGUAGUUAAAAAGCUGUUAGUUCCACUUUAAAAUAAAAUAUUCUAAAUCCAUCCAAAAUCUUCUGAUUUUGUCCGCUGCCACUUGGUCUACUAUGGUAGGUAACCUCCCAAGUGGUGCAGUGGUCUAAGGCACUGCAUCGCAGUGCUAGCUGUGCCACUAGAACCUGGUUCGAAUCCAGGCUUUGUCGUAGACGGCCGCAACCGGGAGACUCAUGGGGCGGCGCACAAUUGGUCCAGGGUAGGGGAGGGAAUGGCCGGCAGGGAUGUAGCUCAGUUGGUAGAGCAUGACGUUUGCAAUGCCAGGGUUGUGGGUUCGAUUCCCACGGGGGGCCAGUAUGAAAAUAUAAAAAAAAUAAUGUAUGCACUCACUCUCUAGAUAAGAGCGUCUGCUAAAUGACGAAAAUGUAAAUGUAAAAUGUAAUCCCAGAAAGAAAACGUGUACUGGCUGCCUACUUGUUUUCUUUCUAAGUUUAUUUGCCCAUUGGAAGUCUUUCUCACCACAGUUCUUAACAGCAGUUUUACAUGGUGCACCAUAGCAUCAAUAAGUAUUAAAUAUUCAACUAGAUACCAGAGUUCUCUUGGAAUAAUCUAAGCCUGUCCCCUAAAUGCAAGCAGGUAGGGACCAUGUUUACUGUUGUACUUAGGUUUAAAGAUUUAGACCUGUUCUACCUGUUUUGGUUUGUUUGAGGCAGUCAGUCCUUAAAACAACAAUUUGGAGUGAAAGGGAAGGCCAGUGGGGUGCUUGUGGAGGUUUAUACAGUGUUACCUACAGAGUAACCAAUACAGACCUGGGUUCAAAUACUGUUUGAAAUCUUUCAAAUACUUUGAGUGUUUGCUUUGGAAUGCCAGGUGGGUAGUGGUUUUCUAUUGGUUCUAUUGCGUUAGCCAAGCUUAAUCAAGCACAGACGGUUUUAGAAAUGAUUUCGAAUAGUAUUUUAACCCAGGUCUGAACCAGUGACAUAAAAGGAUGUGAUAUACGUUCAGGAUGUGAUAUACAUUCAGGAUGUGAUAUGAACUCAGCAGAAAAAGAAAUGUCCCUUUUUCAGGACCCUGUCUUUCAAAGAUAAUUUGUAAAAAUCUAAACAAACUUCACAGAUCUUCAUUGUAAAGGGUUUAAACACUAUUUCCCAUGCUUGUUCAAUGAACCAUAAACAAUUAAUGAACAUGCACCUGUGGAACGGUCAGUAAGACACUAACAGCUUACAGACGGUAGGCAAUUAAGGUCACAGUUAUGAAAACUUAGGACACUAAAGAGGCCUUUCUACUGACUCUGAAAAACACCAAAAGAAAGAUGCCCAGGGUCCCUGCUCAUCUGCGUGAACGUGCCUUAGGCAUGCUGCAACGACGCAUGAGGACUGCAGAUGUGGCCAGGGCAAUAAAUUGCAAUGUCCGUACUGUGAGACGCCUAAGACAGCGCUACAGGGAGACAGGACGGACAGCUGAUCGUCCUCGCAGUGGCAGACCACGUGUAACAACACCUGCACAGGAUCGGUAUAUCCGAACAUCACACCUGCGGGACAGGUACAGAAUGGCAACAACAACUGCCCGAGUUACACCAGGAACGCACAAUCCCUCCAUUAGUGCUCAGACUGUCCGCAAUAGGCUGAGAGAGGCUGGACUGAGGGCUUGUAGUCCUGUUGUAAGGCAGGUCCUCACUAGACAUCACCGGCAACAACGUCGCCUAUGGGCACAAACCCACCGUCGCUGGACCAGACAGGACUGGCAAAAAGUGCUCUUCACUGACGAGUCGCGGUUUUGUCUCACCAGGGGUGAUGGUCGGAUUCGCGUUUAUCGUCGAAGGAAUGAGCGUUACACCGAGGCCUGUACUCUGGAGUGGGAUCUAUUUGGAGGUGGAGGGUCCAUCAUGGUCUGGGGUGGUGUGUCACAGCAUCAUCGGACUGAGCUUGUUGUCAUUGCAGGCAAUCUCAACGCUGUGCGUUACAGGGAAGACAUCCUCCUCCCUCAUGUGGUACCCUUCCUGCAGGCUCAUCUUGACAUGACCCUCCAGCAUGACAAUGCCACCAGCCAUACUGCUCGUUCUGUGCGUGAUUUCCUGCAAGACAGGAAUGUCAGUGUUCUGCCAUGGCUAGCAAAGAACCCGGAUCUCAAUCCCAUUGAGCACGUCUGGGACCUGUUGGAUCGGAGGGUGAGGGCUAGGGCCAUUCCCCCCCAGAAAUGUCCGGGAACUUGCAGGUGCCUUGGUGGAAGAGUAGGGUAACAUCUCACAGCAAGAACUGGCAAAUCUGGUGCAGUCCAUGAUGAGGAGAUGCACUGCAGUACUUAAUGCAGCUGGUGGCCACACCUGAUACUGACCGUUAUUUUUUUAUUUUGACCCCCCCUUUGUUCAGGGACACAUUAUUCAAUUUCUGUUAGUCACAUGUCUGUGGACCUUGUUCAGUUUAUGUCUCAUUUGUUGAAUCUUGUUAUGUUCAUACAAAUAUUUACACAUGUUAAGUUUGCUGAAAAUAAACGCAGUUGACAGUGAGAGGACGUUUCUUUUUUGCUGAGUUUGUUCUGUGUAUGUUGUCACAUAAGGAGAGGUGUAGAGGAACUGCUAAUGCAUACACUUCUGAAAUGUGUAUACAACACUUUUUGUGCUUUCUUUGCAGAAAUCCAAUUUGUAAGUCGCUCUGGAUAAGAGCGUCUGCUAAAUGACUUAAAUGUAAAUGUAAAUAGAUAACAUACGAGUCAUUCCAUGUCAUUUUAGCAAGCCAUGACACCCACUAUCUCAGAUUGUUCUGAAAUCGUUUAUGUAGGUAGAAACAGAUAAGAUUAGCAUUCCUUAAACAUUAUUAUGUUGAAAUUUAAUUUGAUCUCUGAGAAAUUAAGCUAAUUGAUUGCACCCAAAUUAGCCAUUUUAAUUUAUAGGAUUCACAUAAUAUUCAAUAAAUAUAGUACCCAACAUCUGAUUUGGAUUACUUCUUUCUACCAUUUAGUAAGACAUGAGGAAUCCAAUAAAAUGGUCAAAAGCCACCCAUGGACACCCCAUGCCAAUCUCACUCCAACAACCAGUAUACAAUAUCAGUUCUCGAUGUCUGACAAGUAGUAUGGAGCUGGGGCUUGGAGUGUUGCUUCUUCAUUCCUUGUAAUGUAUUCCCCUUUGAAUGUGGUGAUGUUUUUUUCCCAUAUGGUUUGCAUAAUAUAAGGAAUUUGAAGUAUAGCAUUUACUUUUACUUUUUACUUUUGCUCAAGUAUGAGAAUUUAGUACUUUUUCCACCACUGUACUUAAGUACAUUUAAAACCAGAUACUUUUAGACUUUUACUCAAGUAGUAUUUUACUGGGUGACUUUCACUUUUACUUGAGUCAUUUUCUAUUAAGGUAUCUUUACUUUUACUCAAGUAUGUCAAUUGAGUACUUUUUCCAGAGUUAAGCCAGUCCUACAUGAAAGCAAUGCAGUUUGUCCUUCUCUUAGUAACCCUAAUGCUUCAGCCCAACUCUCCUUGAAUAGUCCAACAAAUGGCAGCUCUCUGAGGGCUAUGGUGCAAUUCUCAUAUGAAGACUUUUCCUACAAGCCCAAAACAUUGAUGGAGAAAUGGGCUAGUGACAGAAAUGUUGUGACAGCCCUAAUAAAAUAAUACAAUUAUAAACCAUGGUAUGGAAGUCGUAUGUUUUUAAAUAAAAGUAUUAGAAAACAUCUAUAUAUGUAGUGUGAUUAGUGACAUUUACCAUUAAACGCAACUCAAUACCAUUACCACUGCAAAACACUACACAGUGGGUGUUUGGGACUUUAACCAUUGAAGACCAUUAGAUCCCAUAACAUUGAAACCAUUAGAACUGCUGUAGCCUAAUGGUUUGCCUGGUAGACAGGAAUGGUUUUACUAAUCCAGACCUUUUUUUGAAGGGAAUAAACCACACACAGAGGGGCCGUUUCCUGGACACAAAUUAAGCCGAGAAGGACAAACUGAAUUGCUUUCAUGGAAGACUGACUUGAAUUUUGAGGAUGACCAUACAAUUUAUUUUCAUCAUGAGCAAAGGCUGUUGGUUUUCAACCCAAAGUUGCUAAGAAAAUGUUGUGAUCCAUUUAAUAAACACAAGAGACCAGCAAAAUGGAUAAAAGGGUGUGGUUGCAGUAGCAGGAACAGUGGCAUCUAGUGGGCAAAACGUGGUACUUUAACACUAAUUUAUGGUAAAUAAUGCUAGCAACUUCAAUGGCAAAUUUCUCUGAACGGGAUUCACAGGGAAUACAAUACAAAGGAUGAAGAAGCAAUACUCCAAGCAGUAGCUCCGUACUACUUGUCAGACAUAGAGAACUGAUACUGUAUACAGGUUGUUGGGGUGGGGGGUCCAUGGGUGGCUUUUGAUCAUUUUAUCGGAUUCCUCAUGUCUUACUCAUUAUUAGGAAGAAUUAUGGUCCAAAUCGAUGUUAAAUACUAUAUUUAUUGAAGAUUUUACGAAUCCUAUAAAUUAAAAUAGCCAAUUUGGGUGCAUUCAAUUAGCUUAAUUUUUCAGAGCUCUAAUUAUAUUUCAACAAAAUAAUGUUUCAGGAAUGCUACUCUUAUCUGUUUCUAACGACAGAAUCGAUUUCAGAACAAUCUGAGAUGGUGGGUGUCAAUACUCUUUCUUGUGCCUUUUAGGUGGAAUGACUCAUACAAGAGAAGGUUUCCCAUAUACAGUACAAAGGCAUGAUUGACAGCAGGGUAAAGUAAGCACAGUUUGGAGACGAGAUGUUGAGUUGUGUCGUGUCAUGUCUAAUGCUCAGUAUAUUUUUCUCUCUACAGUAUAUAUGGCUUCUAUAAGGGGAUCCUCCCGCCAAUCCUAGCUGAGACCCCAAAGAGAGCAGUUAAGGUAAGGCACAGGAAGUGCUACGCUAUUCACCACAUGCAUGGUCAACGCGUCAGGUGGCGUCACUCUUACGCAAUGCUCGUCCCUCAGUGCAGGUGGAAUCCUCAUGCUAUCUGUCGUAAGACAAUGUAACACAUCCCCACUAGAGCUGUGAGUGAAUCGCCUGUGUGACAACCCAACAGGUUGUGUUCGUUAGGGCACAUCGUAGCAAAAAUGUUUUCUUAUUGGACAAGUUCAAAUAGCUCCUCCUCUGUUUCCGAGCAUUUUCUUCCAUUUCAUGCUGAACACGCCCCGGCUGGAGUUCUGCACUUCUACUGUAUGAAAACCUUCCCAAGCGUGCUCGCUACUGCUGACAUCCAGGGAUCACACCACAAACAACCUCCUCUGGGUCACUACUUCUGAUAUCUGCUGCUGCGUUUGCCUCUGGGAAUAGUAGAGUGUGGUGGUGAUGGAACAGACACAUAGAGAGACACACACACACACACACACACACACCAACUACCUGGGCUUGAACCAGGGACCCUCUGCACACAGCGACAACAGUCACCCUCGAAGCACCGUUACCCGUCGCUUCACAAAAGCAGCGACCCUUGUAGAGCAAGGGCAACAACUGCUUCAGGUCUCAGAGCGAGUGACGUCACCGAUUGAAACGCUACUAGCGCGCACCGCUAACUAGCUAGCCAUUUCACAGCGGUUACAUAAGUCCUUGAGCAUCACAACCCACAAAUCACUGUCCUUUGGUCUAAACAUAGAGAAAGUCACAUAAAAAGUUGCAUGGACUCACUCUGUGUGCAGUAAUAGUGUUUAGCAUGAUGUUUGAAUGACUACCUCAUCUCUGUACCAAACACAUACAAUUAUCUGUAAGGUCCCUCAGUCGAGCAGUGAAUUUCAAACACAGAUUCAAUUUCAAACACAGAUUCAACCACAAAGACCAGCGAGGUUUUCCAAUGCCUUGCAAAGAAGGGCACCUAUUGGUAGAUGGGUAAAAAUAAAAUAAGCACACAUUGAAUAUCCCUUUGAGCAUGGUGAAGUUAUUAAUUACACUUUGGAUGGUGUAUCAAUACACCCAGUCACUAUAAAGAUACAGGUGUCCUUCCUAACUGAGUUGCCGGAUAAGAAGGAAACCCCUCAGGGAUUUCACUAUGAGGCCAAUGGUGACUUUAAAACAGUUACAGAGUUGAAUGGCUGUGAUAGGAGAAAACUGAGGAUGGAUGAACAACAACCUAAUUGACAGAGUGAAAAGAAGGAAGCCUGUACACAAGAAAAAAUAUUCCAGAACAUGCAUCAUGUUUGCAACAAGGCACUAAAGUAAUAUUGCAAAAGAUUUGGCAAAGCAAUUCACUUUUGGUCCUGAAUACCAAGUUUUAUGUUUGGGGCAAAUCCAAUACGACACAUUACUGAGUACCACUCUCCAUAUUUUCAAGCAUAGUGGUGGCAGCAUCAUGUUAUGGGUGUGCUUGUAAUCGUUAAGGACUGGGGAGUUUUUCAGGAUAAAAAAGAAACGGAAUGGAGCUAAGCACGGGCAAUCCUAGAGGAAAACCUGUUUCAGUAUGCUUUCCACCAGACACUAGAAGAUUAAUUCACCUUUCAGCAGGACAAUAGCCUAAAACACAAGGCCAAAUCUAUACUGGAGUUGCUUACCAAGAAGACAGUGGCCGAGUAACAGUUUUGACUUAAAUUUACUUGAAAAUCUAUGGGAAGACCUGAAAAUGGUUGUCUAGCAAUGAUGAACAGCCAAUUUGUUGAUCAUUUUGAGAAGAAUAAUGGGUAAAUGUUGCACAAUCCUGGUGUGGAAAGUUCUUAGACUCACAGCUGUAAUCGCUGCCAAAGGUGCUUCUACAAAGUAUUGACUCAGGGGUGUGAAUACUUAUGUAAAUUAGAUACUGUAUUUCUUUUUCAAUACAUUUGCAAACAUUUCUAAAAAUGUGUUCUCACUUUGUCAUUAUGGGGUUGGAUGUGGUAUAUAAUCCAUUUUGAAUUCAGGCUGUAACACAACACAAUGUGGAAUAAGUCAAGGGGUAUGGAUACUUUCUGAAGGCAAUGUAUGUGUGCAUCAUACAGUCAUUAGUGGGCAUACAUGUAAGUGCAAGUUUUCCCACCAUUGUGUGACUGUGUGUGUGUCUAUGCAAUGAGUCUGUCUGUAACUUCCUCCUCCUGGCUUUGACACCUCAUUUCUCUUCAUCUCUUCUCUCCAUAGUUCUUCACCUUUGAACAGUACAAGAAGCUGCUCAGUCUCACCGGUCUGUCCGCUGGUCUAGUAAGUUACACACACAAACACACACACACACACACACACACUCAGACAACUAUGUUGCAUGCUUUUUCACUUCAGAUUUUCCACACACAAAACAAAAGCACCCAAAUAUAGCUAGCCCCAUCACUCAGGCCCAGGUAGAUGGAUAGAUGGAUAGACACUGACUGUCAACAUUCUUACCUUGACUAAGCAUCUUCUCCUGGAUGACUGUGAGUCAGAUGUGAAGCUGAGAAAGAUUCACCUCUACAAGGCGUGACCCCCCCCUCCUCCCAACCCAGCAUCCAUCCAUCUGACAGAUGUGUGUCAGAUGUGAUGCCUGCAUGAUUGAUGGCCUACCUGUGUGUGUCGGGUGUGAUUUCUGUGUGAUGGAUGGCCUACCUGUGCUAGCCCGUACCUGUACGUACAUAACAAUGACUAGCCUAGCUGUACCUGAUCUGGCACUGAGUAACAACCGCAGCGUGUUUGCAUAGCCAUCCAAGGAGGAAUGUUUAGCUGUCCCAUCAAUCACUCCUCUCCAGUUCCUUCCCCUUCUCCUUUCCCCCCCCUCCACCUCCUUCAGUGUCUCUAAGCGGCCUCCCCCUCUCCUCCCUACCCCCCCUUCCUCUCUAAGCCUCCCACAACCAGCCCUACCCUCCCCUCAUGCACUGUGUGGUUAUAUAAUGCAACAUCAUUAGUAGUGAGUUUGUGUGUUUGUGUGUGUGGGGUGUGGUGUGUGUGUGUGUGGGAUGGGGUGUGUGUGUGAGUGUCUGCCUGCAUGUGUGUGUGCCCGCCCCAGGUCAGGACCCAUCCUCACAGACAGACAGACAGGUGUGUUGACACAUCCAUUCAGCCACCUCUUCCUCACUCCCUUCUUGUUGCUGUUAUUCCUCCCUGCUUCCUCAUCAAUCACACUGAGGCUGUUCAGCUGCAUAUCCUGAACAGGAUGACACACACACAGGCAUACUCACUCACACAUACAGUACAUACAGUACAGAAUACACACACAGGUUCUGGGGCUCUUGACAGACAGACAGGAGGACAAAGAGAGAGGGAGAGUAAUAGCCUGCAGACUUGUCUUCCCAUUACGCCUGUCCCAGAGCACGCACACGCAUGUAGUACAAGCCACACACGUCACACACGCAUGCAUACACACACACAUAUGCCACCUGGACAAGAGGAAUACCUAUGUCAGAAUGGUGUUCAUCGAGUACAGUUCUGCUUUCAAUACUAUAGUGCCCUCCAAGCUCGUCACUAAGCUCAGGGCCCUGGGUCUGAACCCCUCCAUGUGCAACUGGGUCCUAGACUUCCUGACGGACUGAUCCCAGGUGGUGAGGGUAGGCACCACCUCCGCCACGCUGAUCCUCAACACAGGAGCCCCACAGGGUUGUGUGCUCAUCCCCCUCCUGUACUCCCUGUUCACCCACGACUGCGUAGCUAUGCACAAUCUCAAACUCAAUCAUCAAGUUUGCUGACGACAUGAUAGUGGUAGGCCUGAUUACCAAUGACGAGACAGCCUACAGGGAGGAGGUUAGAGCCCUGGCAGAAAAUAGCCUCUCCCACAACGUCAAAACAAAGGAGCUGAUCGUGGACUACAGGAGACGGAAGAGGGAGCACGCCCCCAUCCACAUACACUGGGGAGAACAAGUAUUUGAUACACUGCCGAUUUCGCAGGUUUUCCUACUUACAAAGCAUGUAGAGGUCUGUCAUUUUUAUCAUAGGUACACUUCAACUGUGAGAGACGGAAUCUAAAACAAAAAUCCAGAAAAUCACAUUGUAUGAUUUUUAAGUAAUUAAUUUGCAUUUUAUUGCUUGACAUAAGUAUUUGAUCACCUACCAACCAGUAAGAAUUCCGGCUCUCACAGACCUGUUAGUUUUUCUUUAAGAAGCCCUCCUGUUCUCCACUCAUUACCUGUAUUAACUGCACCUGUUUGAACUUGUUACCUGUAUUAAAGACACCUGUCCACACACUCAAUCAAACAGACUCCAACCUCUCCACAAUGUCCAAGACCAGAGAGCUGUGUAAGGACAUCAGGGUUACAAUUGUAGACCUGCACAAGGCUGGGAUGGGCUACAGGACAAUAGGCAAGCAGCUUGGUGAGAAGGCAACAACUGUUGGCGCAAUUAUUAGAAAAUGGAAGAAGUUCAAGAUGAUGGUCAAUCACCCUCGGUCUUGGGCUCCAUGCAAGAUCUCACCUCAUGGGGCAUCAAUGAUCAUGAGGAAGGUGGGGAUCAGCCCAGAACUACACGGCAGGACCUGGUCAAUGACCUGAAGAGAGCUGGGACCACAGUCUCAAAGAAAACCAUUAGUAACACACUACGCCGUCAUGGAUUUAAAUCCUGCAGCGCACGCAAGGUCCCCCUGCUCAAGCCAGCGCAUGUCCAGGCCCGUCUGAAGUUUGCCAAUGACCAUCUGGAUGAUCCAGAGGAGGAAUGGGAGAAGGACAUGUGGUCUGAUGAGACAAAAAUCAACUCCACUCCCCGUGUUUGGAGGAAGAAGGAUGAGUACAACCCCAAGAACACCAUCCCAACCGUGAAGCAUGGAGGUGGAAACAUCAUUCUUUGGGGAUGCUUUUCUGCAAAGGGGACAAGACGACUGCACCAUAUUGAGGGGAGGAUGGAUGGGGCCAUGUAUCGCGAGAUCUUGGCCAACAACCUCCUUCCCUCAGUAAGAGCAUUGAAGAUGGGUCGUGGCUGGGUCUUCCAGCAUGACAACGACCCGAAAACACACAGCCAGGGCAACUAAGGAGUGGCUCCGUAAGAAGCAUCUCAAGGUCCUAGAGUGGCCUAGCCAGUCUCCAGACCUGAACCCAAUAGAAAAUCUUUGGAGGGAGCUGAAAGUCCGUAUUGCCCAGCGACAGCCCCGAAACCUGAAGGAUCUGGAGAAGGUCUGUAUGGAGGAGUGGGCCAAAAUCCCUGCUGUAGUGUGUGCAAACCUGGUCAAGACCUACAGGAAACAUAUGAUCUCUGUAAUUGCAAACAAAGGUUUCUGUACCGAAUAUUAAGUUCUGCUUUUCUGAUGUAUCAAAUACUUAUGUCAUGCAAUAAAAUUCAAAUUAAUAAUACAAAAUCAUACAAUGUGAUUUUCUGGAUUUUUGUUUUAGAUUCCGUCUCUCACAGUUGAAGUGUACCUAUGAUAAAAAUUACAGACCUCUACAUGCUUUGUAAGUAGGAAAACCUGCAAAAUCGGCAGUGUAUCAAAUACUUGUUCUCCCCACUGUAUACAGGUCCACAGUGGAGAGGGUCAAAAGCUUAAUGUUCCUUGGCGUGCACAUCACUGAGGACCUGAAAUGGUCCCAUCAUACCGACACUGUGGUGAAGAAGGCACAACAGCGCCUCUUCAACCUCAGGCGGCUGAAGAAAUUCGGCAUGGCCCGUAAGACCUUGACAAACUCCAACAGAUGCACCAUUGAGAGCAUUCUGUCGGGCUGCAUCACCGCCUGGUACGGCAACUGCACCUGCCUCAAACGCAUGGCCCUCCAGAGGGUGGUGUGGUCAGCCCAACACAUCCCCACAGGCACACUGUCUGUCCUCCAGGAUAUUUACAGAACACAGUGUCAAAGGAAGGCCAAAAAGAUCAUUAAGGAACAGCCACUUUUAGCCAUUUAGUGUACCAUUUUCUUUCCAAAUUAUAUACUGUCUAUACACACCAUGUAUUUAUAUUCUUGAUUGUCACACAUGCUCACUCUAAUACAGUGCCUUCAGAAAGGCCCCUUGAUUUAUUCCACAUUUUGUUGUUACAGCCUGAAUUCAAAAUGUAUUACAUAUAUUUUUUAUCACCCAUCUACACACAAUAACCCAUAAUGACAAAGUGAAAACAUGGUUUUAUACAUUUUUGCAAAUUGAUUGAAAAGGAAAUACAGAAAAAUCUAAUUUACAAUAAAUUGUAGACGCACCUUUGGCAGCGAUUACAGCUUAUAGUAUUUUAGGGUAAGUCUCUAAGAGCUUUCCACACCUGGAUUGUGCAACAUUUGCCCAUUAUUCUUUUCAAAAUGUUUCAAGCUCAAAUUGGUUGUUGAUCAUUGCUAGACAACCAUUUUCAGGUCUUGCCAUAGAUUUUUAAGUAGAUUUAAGUAAAAACUGCAACUCGGCCACAUUCACUGUCUUCUUGGUAAGCAACUCCAAUGUAGAUUUGGCCUUGUGUUUUAGGUUAUUGUCUUGCUGAAAGGUAAAUUCAUCUCCCAGUGUCUGGUGGAAAGCAGACUGAACCAGGUUUUCCUCUAGGAUUUUGCCUGUGCUUAGUUCCAUUCCAUUUCUUUUUUAUCCUGAAAAACUCACCAGUCCUUAAUGAUUACAAGCAUACCCAUAACAUGAUGCAGCCACCAAUAUGCUUGAAAAUAUGGAGAGUGGUACUCAGUAAUGUGUUGUAUUGGAUUUGCCCCAAACAUAACACUUUGUAUUCAGGACAAAAAGUUAAUUGCUUUGCAAAUUUUUUUGCAGUAUUACUUUAGUGACUUGUUGCAAACAGGAUGCAUGUUUUGGAAUAUUUGUAUUCUGUACAGGCUUCUUUCUUUUCACUCUGUCAAUUAGGUUAGUAUUGUGGAGUAACUAUAAUGUUGUUGAUCUAUCCUCAGUUUUCUCCCAUCACAGCCAUUCAACUCUGUAACUGUUUUAAAGUCACCAUUGGCCUCAUGGUGAAAUCUCUGAGCGGUUUCCUUCCUCUCCGGCAACUGAGUUAGGAAGGAGACCUGUAUCUUUGUAGUGACUGGGAGUAUUAAUACACCAUCCAAAGUGUACUUAAGAACUUUACCAUGCUGAAAGGAAUAUUCAAUGUCUGUUUUUUUUUUACCCAUCUACCAGUAGGUGCACUUCUUUGCGAGGCAAAGGAAAACCUCCCUGGUCUUUGUGGUUGAAUCUGUGUUUGAAAUUCACUGCUCGACUGAGGGACCUUACAGAUAAUUGUAUGUGUGGGGUACAGAGAUGAGUCAGUCAUUACAAAAUCAUGUUAAACACUAUUGUUGCACACAGAGUAAGUCCAUGCAACUUAUUAUGUGACUUGUUAAGCAAAUCUUUACUCCUGAACUUAUUUAGGCUUGCCAUAACAAAGCGGUUAAAUACUUACAGUGAGGGAAAAAAGUAUUUGAGCCCCUGCUGAUUUUGUACGUUUGCCCACUGACAAAGACAUGAUCAGUCUAUAAUUUUAAUGGUAGGUUUAUUUGAACAGUGAGAGACAGAAUAAAAACAAAAAAAUCCAGAAAAACGCAUGUCAAAAAUGUUAUAAAUUGAUUUGCAUUUUAAUGAGGGAAAUAAGUAUUUGACCCCUCUGCAAAACAUGACUUAGUACUUGGUGGCAAAACCCUUGUUGGCAAUCACAGAAGUCAGACGUUUCUUGUAGUUGGCCACCAGGUUUGCACACAUCUCAGCAGGAAUUUUGUCCCACUCCUCUUUGCAGAUCUUCUCUAAGUCAUUAAGGUUGAGGCUGACGUUUGGCAACUCGAACCUUCAGCUCCCUCCACAGAUUUUUUAUGGGAUUAAGGUCUGGAGACUGGCUAGGCCACUCUAGGACCUUAAUGUGCUUCUUCUUGAGCCACUCCUUUGUUGCCUUGGCCAUGUGUUUUGGGUCAUUGUCAUGCUGGAAUACCCAUCCACGACCCAUUUUCAAUGCCCUGGCUGAGGGAAGGAGGUUCUCACCCAUGAUUUGACGGUAUAUGGCCCCGUCCAUCGUCCCUUUGAUGCGGUGAAGUUGUCCUGUCUCCUUAGCAGAAAAACACCCUCAAAGCAUAAUGUUUCCACCUCCAUGUUUGACGGUGGGGAUGGUGUUCUUGGGGUCAUAGGCAGCAUUCCUCCUCCACCAAAGAUGGCGAGUUGAGUUGAUGCCAAAGAGCUCCAUUUUGGUCUCAUCUGACCACAACACUUUCACCCAGUUCUCCUCUGAAUCGUUCAGAUGUUCAUUGGCAAACUUCAGACGGCCCUAUAUAUAUGCUUUCUUGAGCAGGGGGACCUUGCGGGUGCUGCAGGAUUUCAGUCCUUCACGGCGUAGUGUGUUACCAAUUGUUUUCUUGGUGACUAUGGUCCCAGCUGCCUUGAGAUCAUUGACAAGAUCCUCCCAUGUAGUUCUGGGCUGAUUCCUCACCGUUCUCAUGAUCAUUGCAACUCCACGAGGUGAGAUCUUGCAUGGAGCCCCAGGCCGAGGGAGAUUGACAGUUAUUUUGUGUUUCUUCCAUUUGCGAAUAAUCGCACCAACUGUUGUCACCUUCUCACCAAGCUGCUUGGCGAUGGUCUUAUAGCCCAUUCCAGCCUUGUGUAGGUCUACAAUCUUGUCCCUGACAUCCUUGGAGAGCUCUUUGGUCUUGGCCAUGGUGGAGAGUUUGGAAUCUGAUUGAUUGAUUGCUUCUGUGGACAGGUGUAUUUUAUACAGGGAACAAACUGAGAUUAGGAUCAUUCCCUUUAAGAGUGUGCUCCUAAUCUCAGCUCGUUACCUGUAUAAAAGACACCUGGGAGCCAGAAAUCUGUCUGAUUGAGAGGGGGUCAAAUACUUCCUCAUUAAAAUGCAAAUCAAUUUAUAACAUUUUUGACAUGCGUUUUUCUGGAUUUUUUUGUUGUUAUUCUGUCUCUCACUGUUCAAAUAAACCUACCAUUAAAAUUAUAGACUGAUCAUUUCUUUGUCUGUGGGCAAACGUACAAAAUCAGCAGGGGAUCAAGUACUUUUUUCCCUCACUGUAUUGACUCAAGAUAUUUCAGAUUUUCAUUUUUUAUUAAUUUGUAAAAAUAAUAAUGCCACUUUAACGUUAUGGGGUAUUGUGUAGGCCAGUGACCAAAAAUCUAAAUUGAAUCCAUUUGAAAUUCAGGCUGUAACACAACAAAAAGUGGAAUAAGUCAAGGGGUGUGAAUACUUUCUGAAGGCACCGUAUAUUUACUUGGAUUGUUAUUUCUUGAUUUCUUGUUUAGAUAUUUUUGAUUAUUUGUGUAUUUGUAUUGUAUUUGCGAGACAUUCUACUGCACUGUUGGUAACAUUAGCAUUUCGCUGCACUUGCCAUAACACCUGCAAAUAUGUGUACGUGACCAAGAAACAUUGAUAUGACGCAUGCAUACAAACACGUAUGCACGCACACACACAUCAUGCAUUGGUCUUUUCCCCUCACACAGGCUCAACACACGUUGACCACCCUUCACUGUACGUCAAACACACACUCAAGUACUUGAUAUUAUAUGUCCAUUCGAUUGGACUGUUUUACUUUUCUGGAAAAUCUGUCAUUUCACCCCUAUACUCUUCCACCAGUCGUCUUGGGGUUUUUCCCCUUGUCAUUGAAAGUGACAACCUCCUCCACCUGUCCAACAGUUCUCAUACAAGAACAGAUCCGCCUUUGCAUCCUCCUCAUCCGUCUUCAACGUCUAUGACAUCCGCCUCAUCUUUCUCUCUCUCUCUCGCUCCCUCUAUCCACUGUUUUGUUAGCUCUUUACAUUUGUAGACAUGUAACAAUGGCUGUCACAGCAUGACUGAGACUGAUGUCCUAUGUCCGUGUCUGAGAGAGACUGGUUUCUGUAACGCUAUAUGCCCUAUAUGCCAUGAAGCUUUAUCAUCAGUUGUACUGUUGUCUUAAACACACUACUGCGCUCACAAUGUUAACCCAUAUAAUCCAUCUUAUACUAUAUACCUUAUGUACGUACACCUUAUAAACAAAUACGCCCUAUACCAUAAACAGAUAUGGCUCAUUAACCUUUACGGACCAAAUAAUGAUGAUCCACACUUCUUUGACAAUAUAUAUAAUAAAUUAUCAACCCUGCAAGCAAUACAAGACUCUAUUAUUAUGGUGGGAGAUUAUAAUACUGUUUUAAAUAGCUCAAUGGACCGUAAAGGAAAUCACACUACAAACUAUCACCCUCAUGCUCUUAAGGAAAUCGUGAAUGUCAUGGAUACUUUAGAACUAGUAGAUAUAUGGAGGCUUAAAUAUCCUGAACUAGUGAGAUAUACAUGGCGGAGACUCAAUCAAGCUAGUCGUCUUGACUGCUUUCUUAUGUCAUUCUCGUUGGCACCAAAAGUUAAAAAGUGUUGAUAGGGGACAGAAUGCGGUCGGACCAUCAUAUAAUUGGCAUAUACAUUACUCUUACUGAAUUUCCACGUGGGCAAGGAUAUUGGAAAUUUAAUCAAAGCCUAUUGGAUGAUGACUUGUUUUUAACUAGGACAGAGGAAUAUAUAACUGAUUUCUUAAGACAUAACAUUGGUACAGCAAAUCCCCUUAUUGUAUGGGACACUUUUAAAUGUGCCAUUAGAGGCCAUGCAAUUCAGUACUCAUCUCGAAAACAAAAGCAAUUUAGGUCAAAAGAGUCCAUACUAACAAAGGAAAUAGAUGGUCUAACAGAACAGAUAGAUAGCAAUAAAAACUGUAACAUAGAGGCUCAGAAUAAAUUAGAGGAAAAACAAAAAGAAAUGGAGAAACUUAUUCAAGAAAGCUCAAGUGUAAUAUAUUAUAAAAAUAAAGCAAACUGGAUGGAAUAUGGGGAAAAUGCACCAAAUAAUUUUUUUAUCUUCAACAUAGAAAUGCUACCAAAAAUAAUUUACUGAAACUGGUUACAAAUGACGGAGUCACCCAUGAUUCACCAAAUGAUAUUUUGAAGGAUGAAGCAAAGUACUUUCAGCAUAUGUUUUCGUUUCAGUCGCCUCCAUCUCCUCUAACUGAAGCUAAUUGUAGAGAUUUUUUUUCUAUUGAUAAUGUAAAAUGUACAGCCAUACAGAAAGACUCAUGUGAAGGUGAAAUUACAGAGGAGGAACUUCUGGAUGCAAUUAAAGACUUUAUGUCCGGGGAAACUCCAGGGUUGGAUGGCAUUCCAGUCAAGGUAUACCAAACCUUUUUUGAUAUACUCAGAGGACCGUUAUUAGCAUGUUUUAACCACUCCUAUGUAAAUGGUAAAUUAUCAGACACUCAAGAAGAAGGUCUGAUUUCAUUAUUACUGAAACAGGAUACAAGUGGAAAAUAAAAAAAAUUGGAGGCCCCUUACACUUCAGUGUUGUGAUGCAAAGAUUAUAGCUAAAUGUAUAGCGCAUGGAAUUAAAAAGGUAUUGUCGGACAUUAUUCAUUCUAAUCAGACAGGUUUUUUACAUGGACGAUACAUUAGAGAUAAUAUAAGACAAGUACUGGAAAGAACAUCUGGGAAACCAGGCCUGCAAUUCAUAGCAGACUUUGAAAAGGCAUUUGAUAAAGUACGACUGGGGUUUAUAUAUAAAUGCCUGGAGCAUUUCAAUUUUGGUUUCUUACAAAAUGGGUUAACAUCAUGUAUAGUAACCCUAGGUGUAAAAUAGUAAAUAAUGGCUAUUUCUCAGAAGGUUUUAAAAUGUCAAGAGGAGUGAAACAAGGUUGUCCACUAUCGGCAUAUCUAUUUAUUAUGGCCAUCGAAAUGUUAGCUAUUAAAAUCAGAUCCAACAAUAAUAUCAAGGGAUUAGAAAUCCAGGGCUUAAAAACAAAGGUGUCAUUGUACGCUGAUGAUUCAUGUUUUCUUUUAAAUCCACAACUUGAAUCCCUCCACAGCCUCAUAGAGGUUCUAGAUACAUUUUCUAACCUCUCUGGAUUACAACCAAAUUAUAAUAAAUGUACUAUAUUACGUAUUGGAUCACUAAAAAAUAAAAAAUUUACAUUACCAUAUAGUUUACCAAUAAAAUGGUCUGAUGGUGAUGUGGAUAUACUCGGAAUACAUAUCCAAAUGAAAUAAAUGAUCUCACUCCAAUACAUUUUAAUAGAAAGUUAGCAAAAAUAGAUAAGAUCUUGCUACCAUGGAAAGGUAAAUACCUGUCAAUUUGUGGAAAAAUCACCCUGAUUAACUCUUUAGUAUUAUCCCAGUUUACCUAUUUGCUUAUGGUCUUGCCGACACCUAGCAAAAAGUGUUUUAAAUUAUAUGAGAAAAAAAUAUUCUAUUUUAUUUGGAACGGCAAGCCAGACAAAAUUAAACAGGCCUAUUUAUAUAAUUAAUAUGAAUUCGGAGGACAGAAAUUAUGAAAUAUUAAAGCAUUAGACCUAUCACUAAAAGCUUCAGUCAUACAAAAGUUAUACUUAAAUCCGAACUGGUUCUCUAGCAAAUUAUUAAGAUUAACUCACCCAAUGUUCAAGAAUGGCCUUUUUCCCUUUAUGCAGAUUACAACCUCUCACUUUCAGUUAUUUGAAAAGGAAAUCAUCUCCCAAAUAUCACUAUUUCUAAAACAAGCCAUAGAAAGUUGGUUGCAAUUUCAAUUUAAUACUCCAGAAACGACAGAACAAAUAAUGCACCAAAAUUGUGGUUAAACUCAAAUAUAGUAAUUGAUGUUUUUUUUUUUUUAAAGGUAUAAUCUUUGUAAAUGAUAUCAUCGGUAGGACUGGUGGAGUUAUGUUGCACAUGCAGCUACCAAAAACAUAUGGAAAUGUCUGCUCUACCCAAAAUUACAACCAAAUAAUUGCAGCCUUACUGCAAAAAUGGAAGAGGAAAGUGGAAGGGGGAGAAAGUAAGGAACUUGUCUGUCGGCCUUGCAUUAAAGAACAUACUUGGUUAAGGAAAACUGUGAUAAAUAAAAAAGUAUAUCAGUUUCAUUUAAGGACCAAAGGAGUGACAGCCGUCCCAUAUAGAUUGAAAAAUAGUUGGGAAGAGAUUUUUGACGUACCGAUCCCAUGGCAUAGUGUUUAUGAACUGAUACGCAAAACGACAAUGGAUUCAAAACUUAGAAUCUUUCAAUUUUAAAUUAUUAUAUAAAAUUCUUGCUACCAAUAGAAUGUUAUUUAUAUGGGGGAUACAAUCUUCCCAGCUCUGAAGAUUUUGCUGCGAAGAGACAGAAUCAUUAGAUCAUUUGUUUUGGUACUGUCCAUUUGUAGCUUGUUUUUGGACACAGGUCCAGGAAUGGCUAAAGGAUUGCAAUAUUUACCUGGAGCUAACCCUGCAGAUAGCACUACUGGGUGAUAGUCAAUCGAUCAAUAAUAUUAUAAUACUUUUAGCAAAAUUUGCAAACAAUGAGAAUAGAAGGGUUGAGAACUUUUGUAAAACAUCACAGUACAGUUGAAAAAUAUAUGGCAAAUAGAAAUCCAAUAUGGAUGGUGUUAAGAGAUAGAUGGGAGGUGUUGAAUGGAGUUGAAGGAUGGGACUAAUAAAACAAGAUAAGUAAUGUAAAGCAUACUGUGUCCAUAAUAACUAUAUAGGUUAUAGGUUGAGAGCUUUUGUGAAAGAGCACAGUUAGAAAGAUAUGGCAUAUAGAAGCAAACCGGAUGUACAUCAUGAAAAUGAUCGGAGAGGUUGAGGGUAGAGGAAGUUCAGGAGUAAAAACAAACAAAAUAUAAUUAUCGUAGAAUUGACUGUGUCCAUAAAAUGUAUAUAGUAUGUGUAAGCUGGAAGUAGAAGCCUAAGCAUUGUUGUUCACUAGUUUACUCCAAUUAGGGAAGGGGUGGUGUGGUUGUUAAGUAGUAAAGGGAAAUAUAUUUUUAAAAAGGAUAUGUAUAUAUAUGUAUUUGUACAGUGAGGGAAAAAAGUAUUUGAUCCCCUGCUGAUUUUGUACGUUUGCCCACUGACAAAGACAUGAUCAGUCUGUAAUUUUAAUGGUAGGUUUAUUUGAACAGUGAGAGACAGAAUAACAACAACAAAAAUCCAGAAAAACGCAUGUCAAAAAUGUUAUAAAUUGAUUUGCAUUUUAAUGAGGGAAAUAAGUAUUUGACCCCCUCUCAAUCAGAAAGAUUUCUGGCUCCCAGGUGUCUUUUAUACAGGUAACGAGCUGAGAUUAGGGGCACACUCUUAAAGGGAGUGCUCCUAAUCUCAGCUUGUUACCUGUAUAAAAGACACCUGUCCACAGAAGCAAUCAAUCAAUCAGAUUCCAUACUCUCCACCAUGGCCAAGACCAAAGAGCUCUCCAGGGAUGUCAGGGACAAGAUUGUAGACCUACACAAGGCUGGAAUGGGCUACAAGACCAUCGCCAAGCAGUUUGGUGAGAAGGUGACAACAGUUGGUGCGCUUAUUCGUAAAUGGAAGAAACACAAAAUAACUGUCAAUCUCCCUCGGCCUGGGGCUCCAUGCAAGAUCUCACCUCGUGGAGUUGCAAUGAUCAUCAGAACGGUGAGGAAUCAGCCCAGAACUACACAGGAGGAUCUUGUCAAUGAUCUCAAGGCAGCUGGGACCAUAGUCACCAAGAAAACAAUUGGUAACACACGACGCCGUGAAGGACUGGAAUCCUGCAGCGCCCGCAAGGUCCCCCUGCUCAAGAAAGCACAUACACAGGGCCGUCUGAAAUUUGCCAAUGAACAUCUGAAUGAUUCAGAGGAGAACUGGGUGAAAGUGUUGUGGUCAGAUGAGACCAAAAUGGAGCUCUUUGGCAUCAACUCAACUCGCAGUGUUUGGAGGAGGAAUGCUGCCUAUGACCCCAAGCACACCAUCCCCACCGUCAAACAUGGAGGUGGAAACAUUAUGCUUUGGGGGUGUUUUUCUGCUAAGGGGACAGGACAACUUCACCGCAUCAAAGGGACGAUGGACGGGGCCAUGUACCGUCAAAUCUUGGGUGAGAACCUCCUUCCCUCAAGCCAGGGCAUUGAAAAUGGGUCGUGAAUGGGUAUUCCAGCAUGACAAUGACCCAAAAACACACGGCCAAGGCAACAAAGGAGUGGCUCAAGAAGAAGCACAUUAAGGUCCUGGAGUGGCCUAGCCAGUCUCCAGACCUUAAUCCCAUUAGAAAUGCCAUACCUUUGAACAUUUUUACUGCAAAUGACCUCUGUGAUUGCCAACAAGGGUUUUGCCAGCAAGUACUAAGUCAUGUUUUGCAGAGGGGUCAAAUACUUAUUUCCCUCAUUAAAAUGCAAAUCAAUUUAUAACAUUUUUGACAUGCGUUUUUCUGGAUUUUUUUGUUGUUAUUCUGUCUCUCACUUUUCAAAUAAACCUACCAUUAAAAUUAUAGACUGAUCAAGUCUUUGUCAGUGGGCAAAUGUACAAAAACAGCAGGGGAUCAAAUACUUUUUUCCCUCGCUGUGUGUGUGUGUGUGUAUGUAUGUAUGUAUGUAUGUAUGUAUGUAUGUAUAUAUAUAUAUGUGUGUGUGUGUGUGUAUAUAUAUGUGUGUGUGUGUGUGUAUAUAUAUAUAUAUAUAUAUAUGCGAGAGAGAAAAUACAUAUGGGGGAUUGGAAGUGAUGUAGACAAUUACAAGUUACAAUCUAUCUGCAAUAUUAAAGCUGAUCUACCCCCUAAUAACAAAAAUUAACAAAUUAAAUACGCCCUAUACAUUUCCCUGUAGCUACCUGCCCUUCUCUGUUUCACUAUUCCCUCUGUCCUUUUCCCUCCCUGUUGAUCUGGAACUUGAAUCUGAUAUUUCACUACCGUACGUCUCCCUUUUUAACCAUCUCCCUCUUUCUCUCCCUCUUUCCCCCGCCCUCCCUCUCUCCCAGGGUCUGUCAGUAGCAGGUCUAGGGUCAGGUCUGACCGAGGCAUUGGUGGUCAACCCAUUUGAAGUGGUCAAAGUCAGCCUGCAGGCCAACAGAGAUUCAUUCCAAGUGGUGAGAUUCAAAAGCACUGUUUAAUAGGAAUUACUACACUAAUAUCUCACUGUUGUCACUUAUGAUGGCCCGAAUCCUAACUUGAGAUCUGCAUGCUUAACUUGACCUUUACCAUUGAUGUUUACCUUGACAGUAACCAUUGACACCGAUGCAUGAUUUAUGCGAUCGUCAAGUUAAGGAUUCCGCCCUUAUAGUGGGUCUUUGCUAUUCUCAGUCAUUGGCCGUUUUGUUCUGCUCCAUACUGCAUGCAGCCUUCCAUGUUUUCUUAAGGACGUUUUCUUAACUAUUUAUUUUACUCACUUAAAGUAGAGCUAUUCUAUUCUCUGUCAUUUACAUUGUGCUCUUUUCUUCUCCUCCUGACCUCGCCUCUAUACAGCAGCCCUCCACGUUUGCCCAAGCACGGAACAUCAUCAACGCAGGCGGCUUUGGCCUGCGAGGGCUGAAUAAAGGGUUAACGUCGACCCUGGGGCGCCACGGCGUCUUUAACAUGAUCUACUUUGGAUUCUAUUUCAAUGUCAAGGACGCCAUUCCUGCCAGCCAGGUAUCAGGAGAUUAG